GUCUUCCAGUACAGGAUUGGCCAGCUGUAUAUGAUCAGCAAGCACAGCCAUGAGCAGAGUGAGCGUGGAGAAGGAGUGGAGGUGGUGCAGAACGAACCCUACGAGGACCCCACACAUGGACAGGGACAGUUCACAGAAAAACGCGUCUACCUCAACAAUAAGCUCCCUAGCUGGGCCAGGGCGGUGGUCCCUAAAAUCUUCUAUGUGACAGAGAAGGCCUGGAACUACUACCCCUACACCAUCACAGAGUACACUUGUUCCUUUCUGCCAAAGUUCUCCAUUCACAUAGAGACCAAGUAUGAGGACAACAAAGGCAGCAAUGACAAUAUCUUUGAUAGCGAGCCCAAAGGGGAGGAGGAGAUAGAGGUGUGCUUAGUGGAUAUCGCCUACGACGAGAUCCCAGAGCGCUACUACAAGGAGUCUGAGGACUUGCGGUACUUUAAAUCAGAGAAGACAGACCGGGGUGUUCUGCAGGAGGGCUGGAUCGACAACCAGGAACCCAUCAUGUGCUCCUACAAACUGGUGACAGUCAAGUUCGAGGUGUGGGGUCUUCAGACACGGGUGGAGCAGUUUGUACACAAGGUUAUCCGUGACGUCCUGCUCCUAGGACACAGACAAGCCUUUGCCUGGGUGGAUGAGUGGAUUGGUGAGUUUGCGUCUUGUCUCUGUCCCAGUUAGUUCACAUGUACGCUCAGAUGUGAGCUAGCUUGUUUAUACUGUGUGUAUAUAUAUUAUUAUUAUUACAUUUAAAAAUAUAUAUAUUUCAUAGUAUUGUAUUUUAUUGAGUAAGGAGAUGGAGAGGGAGGGAGAUGCAGACUAGUGCUGGGGCCAGGAUUCUUACCCACACACUGAGGGGUGGCGUGUAUGUGUGUAUGUGCUGCAGUGGCCCAGUUACCUGCUAGACCAGCCUCUGGCACAUAACUACUAUCUACUUCUAUGUGACCAUGAUCUUCGCUCUGCCUAAUGUAGGACCUAGGCCACGGCACCAAGCACUGCUACUAUCUAUUAUCUGUAUAUUUGAGUUUGUGUUCAUUUGUCUGUUUCUUGAAAGCUAUCUCAAAAUAUCAGUAACUCAUCUAUACAAGCAUUGAUUUGUGUUAAUAACCAUUAUUUUGUAUGAUGUUUUUAGUCUGAGAAUGUAUUGUCUAAACGUGUCUUCACUGUUUCAUUGAUUUGCUUCACUGUUUCAACAUGAGCAAAAGGCUUAUAACAUGGAUCUGUGUGGCCAGGAUGGUCAAACACAAGGUACACUGCAACAAGACUUGAGUUCAAUACUACAGUAUUUAAAAUACCUUAAGCGUUUGCUUUAACCUGCUUGGAGGGCCAGGUGGGCGGGGUUUGUAUUUCCAAUACUUUUUUAUUGGUUCCAAUGAAACAGGCAAGCUCAAUCAACCACAGCUUCAGUAUUUCAAAUCAUUUCUAACGGUAUUUGAAUACACAUCUGACUGAAACUAUACUUCUCACCCUGCUGUUACAUUUGUUAGCAGCCUUUUUUUAGGAAAAAAGACAAUUGAUAGGCCAGACCACUCUUUCGUACAUUUAGAAUUAUGUACUUAACUCUGUACGUUUUUAAAAAAAGCUGACGCAUCACGAUUGUCAUAGAGAAGGAACAUAAACAUUCUUAAUAAUAACAAUAAUACGGAGCUGUGAGGGGAACGGCACCUCAGUACCUUCAGGCUCUGAUCAGGCCCUACACCCAAACAAGGGCACUGCGUUAAUCCACCUCUGGCCUGCUCGCCUCCCUACCACCGAGGAAGUACAGUUCCCGCUCAGCCCAGUCAAAACUGUUCGCUGCUCUGGCACCCCAAUGGUGGAACAAACUCCCUCACGACGCCAGGACAGCGGAGUCAAUCACCACCUUCCGGAGACACCUGAAACCCCACCUCUUUAAGGAAUACCUAGGAUAGGAUAAAGCAAUCCUUCUGACCCCCCCCCCCCCCUUAAAAGAUUUAGAUGCACUAUUGUAAAGUGGCUGUUCCACUGGAUGUCAUAAGGUGAAUGCACCAAUUUGUAAGUCGCUCUGGAUAAGAGCGUCUGCUAAAUGACUUAAAUGUAAAUGUAAAUGAUAAUGAUUCAAUGUAUUUAUAAAUGUUAUUUUUAAUCCCAGGCCCCAGUCCCCGUCAAUGUAAAUAUGAAUUUGUUCUUAACUAGCUUGCCUAGUUAAAUAAAAGUUUAUAAAAAAAAAAAUUAUAAAGCCCAUUUCUCACAACCAAUAUGCUUUCUCGCUGACCUUCAUCAGAGAAGCUCCCACUUGAGAUGUAUCCACUGCAAGAGAAGGAUUCAGAGAGUCUGCACACAGAUACAGAGAGCACUUGACUCAGUGCUGUAUGGGUCAUAGGAUGAGAGAACGUGAGAGCAUGCCGAGAGUCAGUAACUAUUGUAACAGUCCUGACC